AUAAAAGAAGAAGAAAGAAGAGAUAACUUCUCGUGCUUGUUUCUUUCCGGGAUUUAAAUUGUCGGUGUACUGUUACUGUAGGAUCUGUUCUUCUGAACGAACGACUAAAGUUCUAAAAAUGCUUCGGCCUUCAAAUGCUCAUUAGCCGACAGUCUCUAAUUUGUUCAACUGUUAGUAAACACUCGAUGUCAGUGAAAUCAUAUUAUCAGGAAAACUGUACCAGAAUUGUCAGUUGUAUUACAUUAAUUUCCUCUAUGUUGCAGUAAAACUGGGGGCUGAUAAUGCAGGGGUUUGAUCAGACUGCGACAAUCGGAGCGACUGUUCCGACGGGAUUCGAGCACACUGCAGCAGAGGAGGUUCAGGAAAAGCUCGAUGCUACUGCUAGAGUCAGCAAAAACAGAGGAAGAAUUUAUUUUGAUAUAACAACAGAUAAACUUGCUAAGGUACAUCACCUGAAGUCUUUAGACAAUCUGUUUGUUGUGGUAAAAGAAUAUGACAACUACCAAUUCAAAGCCACAAAGGAGGAAGUGCAAUUGGAUUGGCAAGAGCUGGCUGCCAGGCUGCCUUGGACCAAUGCCUUAGAAGUCUGGAAGUUGAACAAUUCUAUAAGAAAGAAGAAAGGACGUCGGAAAAGAGCUAACCCCACAAAAUCAGAUCAGUGCGGUAAUGUUAGCACCAAAUGUACUGAUGCUGUCCCGUCAGAUCCUGAAGAGCUCUGGGUAGAUCUUGAGGCUCUAGAGGUGAAGGAGAACCAAAGAGAUGUUUCUCCUCAGCCAGAAAAUGACUCUGAGGAAGAGAAACUGUCUGAAAGCCAGGAUCAGGAGUCAGGGGUAAUGCCUCUUAAGUUUCGAGUGACAUGCAACAGAGCCGGAGACAAACACUGCUUCACCUCAAAUGAUGCGGCACGAGACUUUGGAGGAGCUGUGCAAGAGUUCUUUCAGUGGAAAGCAGAUAUGACUAAAUUUGAUGUUGAGGUGCUGUUGAAUAUCCACAAUAAUGAAGUUGUUAUUGGCAUUGCUCUCACAGUGGAGAGUCUACAUAGAAGAAAUAUCACUCACUUUGGCCCCACCACUCUACGGUCUACACUGGCUUAUGGCAUGCUUAGACUUUGCAAGCCACAGGUGUCAGAUGUGAUUGUAGAUCCCAUGUGUGGAACUGGAGCUAUACCUUUAGAGGGAGCCAUGGAAUGGCAGAAUUCAUUUUUUUUAGCUGGAGACAACAAUGACACAGCAGUCAGCCGAUCAGUCAAUAAUAUCAAGCACAUUCUAAAGAGAACACAUGAUGGAGGGAGAUCUUCAGGUUUGCCCUUUGACAUAGUUCAGUGGGACUUGUGCAAUCUACCAAUGAGAAGCAGUUCAGUGGAUAUCAUCAUUACCGACAUGCCUUUUGGAAAGAGAAUGGGGUCCAAGAAGAAGAAUUGGGAAUUAUACCCUUUAUGUCUUCGAGAAAUGGCUCGAGUUUGUAAACCUGGCACAGGCAAAGCUGUGCUGCUGACUCAAGAUAAAAAGUGUUUUUCAAAGGCACUGUUGCAGAUGGGGGCACUGUGGCGGAAAUCGCAUACUGUUUGGGUGAAUGUGGGAGGAUUGCAUGCUGGCGUUUUUGUGCUCAAAAGGACAGCAGUAGCUUUUGGCACCACUUCAGAAGAUGUAACGGAGCCUCAUACAGCAACAGAAUCACAAAAAGAUAAUAUGGAGGACGCAAGUCUGUGAGAAGCCUGAAAGAACAAUUCGCACAUCCGUUGGUGUCCCUUGUGGGGUUUUUUUUGUGUGUUUGAGAAGUUAACAUGACCCCAAAGUUUGCUUUUUCUGAUUAGUUGACCUGAAACAUAAUCUUUGGCUGUCCUGAUUCAAGUUAAUAAAAUGUUCAAAUGUUA